AUGCACGUGGUCCGCACGCACAAGGGCGCCGACGAUAAAGCCUAUCGCUGCGUUUACGAGCAGGAAGAUCCGCAAGUGAAAGUCGGAAUCAACCUCUCAAAAGACCUAAUGGUGAUCGUCGACGAAGCCCUGAAAUCCAACAGAACCACAAUUGGCCCGCACGUUCUCCUGCCAUCGGAGCAGCUCCUCUUCCUCUUCACCCUAAUCGACCGGAAAAUCUUCAAUCCCAAAUGGAAACCCUACAUUCCCGACUUCAAACAGGACUUUGAACACUUCUGCAUCAACACCGGCGGCCGCGCCGUCAUCGACGAUCUCUAG